GUUGAUCAAACAAUUAACUUUCAUAUUCAUCUCCUCUUUCAUAAAUAUUACUGUUAAUGUCUUAAUUGUGAAUUUAUUGUCUAAUUAAAUCUGGUUUAUUAUAAAUACGUUUCGUUAAUUGUUCCCAACAAUUGGAUUAUCAUUUAGACAAUUAAGGUGGAUAAUUAAUCAUAACAAUCAGUAAAUCAUGAGCCAUUUACGUUUAUUUAUGAUUGCAUUUCUAGCGAUUUUAAUAGGAAAUGUAUCACCGAAGAAAAAAGGAAAGGAACGAACCAUCAUUCUAGGCGGUGGUGGUGGUGGUCCAGUUCAUCAUGGUGGGUCACAUAUUGUUCCCAUUCCGAUUCCAUAUCCGAUUCCGGUUCCAAUGGGUCAACACCAACACUCUGCCCCACAGAUUCAUCAUGUGCCCCAACAACAGCCACAAAUAAUUUUGGUUCCUGUUUUCUCCUCUCCCCUUUCUCCCUCGCUCUCUUCCAGUACAUAUCAACACUCGUAUCAUCAUCCAGUUGACCACUGGUCAUCUGGACAUUCUGGACAAUAUGAUAAUUGGAACACCGGAGUUCAAUACCUUGGACACAUCGGAGGUGCUGGUCAACUUCAGGGUAACAUGUUUGGCAAAAGGAAAUGAUUAGUUAAUCAACUUAAUCGUGAUUAUGAUUAACAUGAUAAUCUGUUAAUUUUUUUUUCAGUUAAUUUUUGAUUUUGGUUCAAAUGAUUGUUUUUUGUUUCUCUUAAUUUUUUUCACAUUUUUUUUUAAUUGCUGACAUUUAAUUGUUCCUCAUCAUUAUUAUCAUCAUCUCCAUCUUCAACAAUUUAUAUAUUAAAUUCAUUAAAACAACAACAACAAUUAAAGUCUCUGAUCCAUUUAAAAGUUAAUCCAAUCAUGAUUGUUGUAAUAAUUUAAAUCACGGUCAUUAAUCAAUUUAAUUCAAUAUUAACAAUUUAACAGAAAUUAAAAUGAGACAGUUAAUUUGAAAUGAGCAACAAACUGUUUGAAAAUAAGAUUCAACAAU